CUGGCUGGCUUUGUGACAGUAACCACUCAUGCUACACAUCCGACAAAGCCUUACGAGUCUCUGUCACACAGUCUCAUAGCUUCACGUAGCAUUUCUGGUCUGUGUCCAGCAACCUCUGACUCUGAAGUGACUGACAAAACGACAAAACAACAACCUUGACGGUGAGAUGAAAACUGAGAAGGAGCCGGGGGUCGUACUCAUCCCAGCGAAUAGUGUUUUGGAAGAGGCUCCAUCAUCUGGGAGGUCAAAGAAUGGAUAUGUUUUCCAGGAGAUGGAGUUGCGAGACGUGGAGCGGGAGGAAUGUGUUGAGGGCAAAGUGGGGAACCAUGACAAUACACCUAAGGACCACCAUGACACUCCGAUCCAAACAGGGAUUUCAGUUCCAGAUGACCCUGGGGAUGACCCUGGGUUUGGGCUCCUGAACACAUCAAGAAAAUAUGUGAAGCCGAUGAACUUCCAGGAGGAAGUGCGUGGCCACCGGGACCUAGAUGGCUUCCUGGCCCAGGCCAGUAUCCUAUUGGAUGAUAAGGCAACCACUCUAGACGAGGUGCUAAGGUGCAUGCUGACCCAUGUAACGGAAGACGGCCACAGGGGCUGUGACAUGGACGAGGUCAUGAACACUGUGUUCACAGACACAGGAGGAGAUGAGGACAAUGUGCAAUUGUUGUCCGAGACCAUUCAGGGUGUGACUGCUUCUGCCACUGGAGUCCGCUACCAGCAGUCCUGGCUCUGUGUCCUAUGCAAUGUGAAGAGCCUCCAGAGACGCCACGUCUGCAUCGCCCGUCUGGAGAGACCACAGAACUGGGGAGCAAACUGUUGUGAGGCUCGAUAUGUCAUCCUCAUUCUCUCCCCACCUAGAACGAAAAGCACCAAGACUGCUAUCGAGCUGGGCCGCACAUUUGCCACCAUGUUCUCAGACAUCUCCUUCAGACAGAAACUGCUGGACGCCAAGACCCAGGAGGAGUUCAAACAAGAGCUGGUGCACCAGCGUCAUCAUCUCUCCAUAGUCAAUGAGAAACCAGCUACAGAGAAGCAGAUGAUCCAUGCAGAAACAGACCCACGCAGCAAAAAAACACUAAAAUGUGCAGAUUUCUUUAAAGUUGGCCGAGGUAUCUAUGAGGAUCUUCGUCGGCGACUACCACUCUAUCCCUCAGACUUCACAGACGGUAUGUACGGCAAAGACCGCUCCUGGCUGAAGUACACCACCACCGCCAUCUUCCUGUACAUUGCAAUUCUACUUCCUAACAUCGCCUUUGGUUCGCUGAACGAUGAGAGCACGCGGGGAGAGAUAGAUGUCCGGAAAGUCAUCGUUGGCCAGAGCAUCGGAGGAGUGAUCUACUCUCUGUUUGCUGGUGCUCCUUUGGUUAUCCCACUGACUACAGCACCCCUGGCCAUCUUUAUUAGCGUGAUCCGGGGAAUCUGUGAUGACUACGAUUUGGACUUCCCUGCCUUCUAUGCCUGCAUCGGCUUGUGGAACAGCUUCUUUCUCAUCCUGGGAGCACUUUUGAAUGUCAGUCUGUUCAUGAAGCUCUUCAAACGCUCAUCAGAGGAAAUCAUAGCCCUGUUCAUUUCAAUAGCCUUUGUUGGGGACUCGGUGAAAGGCACUGUCAAAAUCUUUAAUUACUUCUACCACGGGCCCACGCUGGCAACCAAUAACAGCACUCGGGUGCUUCUAGAGAUCAAGGAGUUAAUGGAGAAGGCUGCAAAUGCAACAGAGAGGCUGGGGAGUAGGACCAGCGAUGGGGCCCCUGUGGUGAAGCAUGUCACGCAUGUGUUUCUGCCCGAGUCUCUGGUCCUGUGUACCAGGGAGAGGCCUAUCCUCUGUCUCCUGCUCAUGCUGGGGACUCUGUGGUUGGGGUAUGCCCUCUACCAGCUGAGAAGGAGUCCUUAUCUGCAUGCCAAAGUGAGAGAGGUGGUGUCCGACUGUGCCUUACCCAUCGCUGUCGUUAUAUUCUCCUUCAUUGGUUCCUUCCUUUUCCUUGAUGUAGAGCUUCCUGUGUUCAACUUCCACAACGGGAAGAUCUUCAGGCUGGCCCAGUUUGACAAGCUGACGGGCAUGAACUGUCUGAGCGCUGUAGGCUUAGGCUUCCUCCUGGCGCUGCUCAUCUUCAUCGACCAGAAUAUUGUCAUAUCACUCACCCACGUCCCCGAAGCAAAGUUAUUGAAGGGAACUGCAUUCCACUGGGACCUGAUGCUGACCGGCUUCAUCAACAUCCUCAUGUCGUGUCUGGGUUUGCCGUGGAUGCACGCUGCAUUCCCACACUCCUCCCUGCACGCACGUCAGCUGGCCAAGGUGGAGCUGCACGUGGAGGGGGGACACCUCUAUGAAACCAUUGUCAAUGUGAAGGAGACGCGGAUCACGGCUCUGACGGCUAACAUCCUGAUCGGCCUGUCAGUGUUCUUGUUACCCAUCCCUCUGCAGUGGAUCCCCAAGCCUGUCCUCUACGGCCUUUUCCUCUACAUAGCAGCCACCUCCCUCGACGGCAACCAGAUGUUUGACCGCAUGCUCCUCCUCCUCAAAGAACAGACUUCCUACCCUCCCACCCACUACAUUCGGAGGGUGCCCCAGAAGAAGGUGCACUUCUUCACAGCCCUGCAGAUACUGCAGUUGAUCAUCCUGUGUGCGUUUGGCAUGUACCCUCUGCCCUAUAUUAAGAUGAUCUUCCCCUUCUUGAUGAUCCUGCUCAUUCCCAUCAGGACUAACCUGCUGCCAAGGGUAAUCGAGGCGAAGUAUCUGGACAUCAUGGAUUCUCAGCACAUGUAGACAGACAGAGGGAGAACUCUGAAAGGACUGAUACCAAGGCCUUGAUUCAAUUUGUAGCGCUGAAGACCUGCACUAAAGCUCAAUAGAAAUUUAAAGAUAAUGUUCCCGCAUUUGUGGAGACUGCAUUCAAAGAAGGUGCUGUCAGCUCGAUCAGAAAUGACCGUUCAAUUAAAAUCGCACUACAGUGCAAAUCUUCAGCUCUAUGAAUUGAUUUGAGCCCCCUAAAAUACAAAAUGUAUUUUGUAAACUGGGUCAAAGACAUAUAAGGUUUUCAAAGUAGCAAAAAAAUAAAACAGCAAUUACAAUUCCCUUCAAAUCCUUUUUAUGUUCAUUGGAGUGUCAUAUAUGCCCUUAUAUUAGUUAUAUUCAAGAAUAAAGUCAAUAAAAAAAAUGUGAUUGAUAUGAAUGUACCCUAGUAAAAUGUCAUUCAGUAUAACACUAAGUGUUAAAAAAAUAAAUGUAUGCCCAUUUUUCAUAAUCCCAAGGUUAUAUUCAUGCUUAGACUGGUAGAAAUAUAACUACCCAGAAAAAAUGACCAUUAUUUUUAUUUUGAAUACCACAUAUUUUAUGUGUCACAGGUACAACUCAAAAUCUAUUGAAGGUCUUUUACAAAAACUUCCUGCCUUACACUGAAAAAAAUUGUAAAAUCGACGAAAAUAUCUUUCACUUCAUCCUUUGAGAUUUGUUUUUAUCUAUCUGAGUCAACAAAACAAAGUUAUUGCAUUUUAAUAUAAAAUACUGGUGUUAUACUGUACGACAAUAUUUUGUUACCCUGAAUGACACAUCACUACGGCCCAAAAAUAUUGAUUAAAUGUGAUUCCUUUAGCAACAACAACAAUGAUCCUAUGAAUGAUUAUUAGUAGCCACAAUAGUAUUUUUCAAGGACUCAGAUGGUUGCUCCAGUUCUGGAGGUGCAGGUUCAUGUUGUACUUGUACAAGUUGUUCAGGGGGCUGCUCAAAAUAGUUUCCUUCAGUGGAUACUGGAGUUAAGUUCAUCACCACAUUCAUUUGUUCGAUUCUUUCACGGUGCUUCCUCUAAUUUAAUCUCAAAUGUUCCCUCUUUUUCAGCAUGAGAUUGUGUCAUUGUAUGGAUCGGUGGAUGAUCAGGAUAGACGUCCUUCUUUCUUCUCUGAUAGCUAAAAAACUCAAAUGUAAUAGACACUGGCAUGUAAUGUAAUACUAAAAUGUAAUAGACACUGGCACAGAAUGGGAUUCACAUCCAUGAAAUGUUAUUAGUAGUCUAUUAAAAGUAGGCUAUACAAUGAUAACACUUAAUCAAAGUUUAAAAGUUAAAUCAACUCCCUCUCCUUUUCUCUUUCAAACAUGUUUUGUUACUAUUUCAUUGCUAAUGUUAAUAAUAAUCACUUUACUAUAAUUUGAGCCUGUGGCAACACUUUACGUUGCAUUAAAUUGCAUUAUUACACAAUUAUUACAUAAUAGUUAAUGUUAUAAUUAUACAUUGUUACACUGUAACUGGUAAAUGUAUAUUUAAUGCAGGUACACAAAUGUAAUUCCAAGAUACCUACACAAAAUAGCUACAUAAAAUGGCCAUCAAACUACUUCAAUUCAAAUUUGUACAGUCUCGAUUUUUCAUAUAGUGCCCCAAAUGUGAAGCAGCAAUAAACCAAAAUCCAUUUUUAAUCCAUAAUUGUGUGUGUGUUUGUAAUAUUAUAUUAACUAAUAUACUCCAUCAGUUAUACCUUAACUGCAGUGCAAUAAAACAUUAACUACAGUGUAAUAGUGCAACUUAAUGUUCAGCGUUAUCCACCCAGCUUUAUAUGCUAUUGUAUCCUAUUCUGUUGCUGACAGUAGCAUGAAACAAUGAAAACAAUACCUUGCUUUUCUUCUGGCUAGUCUUUCCUCCCUAGCAACUGGAUCUGCAUUAAUCUGUUGUCUGUGCCGUGCAGCCCUCUUCUUAUUAGACAACGGCAUCUACAGUAUAAAUAUAAUGUGCCUUGAAAUACCUUAAAAUGUCAUAAAUUAGUUUACAAUGUUAAUAUUCAGUAUUCAAACAUCAAGUAAAUAUCAAUUGCAUGAUUAAAUGUUGUAAACUAGUGAAAACAUGGGAUAACAAAGCUACUGUCAUUCAGCAUAAUGGUGACAAUGUGGUAUAACAUGAAACUUUUGUUGUGCUGAAGAACAAAAGCGUGAUCCUUAAGGAUGGAUUUCAUAAAUAAACAUAUUUAACAGGCAGUUCCUUGGCCAUCUAUAUAAAAUUAAUGACAUUGACCUAUAAAGAUUAUUCUUACUUUUUAUAUUUAAUAGAGCUUUUUAUAAAAUAAUAACAUUAAAAUAUUAUUUUCUGUAUUGUACUGAAGGACAUGCAUUUUCGUUACAAUGGUUACUAGAGGGUGAAAAGGUGAAAUCAUCAAAUAUUCGAGAGAGAUUUACUCACCUCAUCACAUUGAUAGAGGGUCUUCAAUGGGUCUUCUUUGUGAUGUCACACACUGUCAAAUGAUUACCAUCAUGUGAUAUGCUUAAAAAUGGCUUUUUACCUUUGUUAUACUGAAUGACUUUGAUGAAACUCAAAAUUCAUCAACAAAAGUUUUUUAGAUACAGUAUGUCGCCCAUUAUUCUAUACAUUGUUGCAAACACUAACACAAUUAUGCCAUGGGUGUUCAUUUAUAUUUUUAGGAUGAAUUUUUACAUUUUAAAAACACUUUUGUCAUUCAAAUUUUUACCCGGACAGUUACACUGAAGGACAUUUUGACAUUUUAAAGCUCAAUAACUCUCUUAAUUUAAUAGUUUGCAACACAAAUAUUUCUGGGUGAAAAGAAGGGUAAGAGUUGAAUGAUUUAAUAUUAUAUUCAUACAUAUUGAUAUUUUUCUGUUAAAUGAAUAGCCUUCAGACACCAAAUUUACACGUCUUUGACCCAGUACAUGUUAAGGCCCUUUGACUCCAAGAGUACUAGACUGUGACUGGGUUGCAACCGGUAGUUGACUGAAAUUGAAAUCUGGAUGGACCACAAUUUUCACCUUUUUAUUUGUUACGUAUAAGCUGUGCUUCUACAUCUGCAUUGCUUGCUGUUUGGGGUUUUAGGCUGGGUUUCUGUAUAGCACUUUGUGACAUCGGCUGAUGUAAAAAGCGCUUUAUAAAUAAAUGUGAUUGAUUGACGUACAGUAGUUGCUUAAUCUAUGUAGUUGCUUUAUCUAUAUAGUUGCUCAAAUAUUUAACAUACUCUUUAACCUCUCUUCUUAUUGUAUUAAGAGAAAUUCUGUACAACACAAGGCAUUAUCUAAUUCUGCCCCUGACCCACAUCCUACCGUUAUAUAACAUGUUUAAGCUCAUUGUAUUUUUGUAUAUGAAUAAGGUAAACAUUUAGAAAGAUCAACAUUGUUUUGGUUUUAGGCUGGGAUCUGUAGAUAGUCAUGGUUGUUUAUAGUUCAAUAUUUUUGGUUUCUUAUACAAAAUCAAUUCACAAUGAAUUGGCCAGAUUGCAAUGCAAUUGUGCCAUAACUUCUGCAAUUACAAGGUAACAUACAGGAUAUUAAUGUAAAACAAACAAAUAUGUUGCACAGUAUACUGCUUUCCUGCUGUUUAAGCUGUUACCAAACAAAUAAAGCCUUUUAAAUGA